ACACUCUCUCUCUCUUUCUCUCUCGAAAUGGAGGUAAACCGAGGCGAGAGAAACUGCCUAGCAGGGUCCCUCUGCUAUAUAGCGGGGAGGAACCGCCUCAUCAUCAGCGGUAACCUCUCUGUCUCGCUCUCCACCAUUCUCAGCCCAAAAACUCUCUGUCUCCUCUGCGCCAACUGCCGCGUAUCUCGCAUCGGACGGUUUUUGAGUGUUAAGAGAGAGAGAAAGAAAGAGCAGGCAAUGGAACAGAAACACAUAUUGCUGUCAGCAAUAGGUGUAGGAGUAGGAGUUGGGGUGGGGCUGGGAAUAGCAUCAGGACAAACAGUGAGCAAAUGGGCGAAUAACGCUUCUUCCUCAGACCAGGCCACUGCUGAAAGAGUGGAGAAGGAGAUGCUCAGGCUGGUGGUUGAUGGCAGAGAGAGCAAAGUCACUUUCGACCAGUUCCCUUACUAUCUCAGUGAGCAGACGCGAGUUUUGUUGACUAGUGCUGCAUAUGUUCAUUUGAAGCAUGCUGAAGUUUCUAAGUACACAAGAAAUCUUUCACCUGCUAGUCGCGCCAUUUUGCUCUCUGGACCUGCAGAGCUUUACCAACAAAUGCUUGCCAAGGCUCUUGCCCAUUACUUCGAAGCCAAGUUGCUGCUGCUAGAUGUGACGGAUUUUUCUCUGAAGAUCCAGAGUAAAUAUGGAACCGCGAACAAAGAAUAUUCUUUCAAAAGAUCCCCAUCAGAGUCAACACUGGAGCGGUUGUCUGGCUUACUUGGAUCUUUUUCAAUCCUUUCACAAAAGGAGGAAGCAAAAGGGAACUUAAGGAGGCAAAGCAGUGGUGUGGACAUUGGAUCAAGGGGGACUGAAGGUCCUUGCAAUCCACCGAAGCUUCGUAGAAAUGCCUCGGCCUCGGCUAAUAUCAGUAACCUCGCGACGCAAUUUGCUUCUUCUAAUCCAGCUCCUCUCAAGCGCACAAGCAGCUUGUCUUUUGACGAGAAGCUUCUUAUUCAAUCUCUUUACAAGGUAUUGGCAUUUGUAUCAAAAUCCAGCCCCAUAGUGCUGUAUCUUAGGGAUGUCAAGAAGCUUUUUUCUAGAUCACGGAGGAUAAACAACUUUUUCCAAAAAAUGCUGAAGAAGCUGUCUGGAUCAGUCCUCAUCCUUGGCUCACGAAUUCUGGAUCCGGAUAAUGACUAUGGCGAGGUAGAUGAUAGGCUUGCUGCUCUUUUCCCCUACAACAUCGAGAUUAGGCCUCCAGAAGAUCAAAACCAUCUUGUCAGCUGGAAGUCUCAGUUAGAGGAUGAUAUGAAGAUGAUUCAAGUUCAGGACAAUCGAAUUCACAUUAUGGAAGUCCUUUCAGCAAAUGAUCUCGAUUGCGAUGACCUGGAAUCAGUUUGCGUGGCUGAUACAAUGGUUCUGAGUAAUUACAUAGAAGAGGUUGUCAUGUCGGCUAUAUCUUAUCAUUUGAUGAACAAUAAGGAUCCGGAGUACAGGAAUGGGAAGCUUCUCAUUUCAUCAGAGAGUUUGUCCCACGGACUGAGCAUAUUCCAAGAAGGCAAAUCUAGUGGAAAAGAUAUGUUGAAGUUAGAAACUCAUGCUGAAAAGUCUAAGGAAGCCAAAGUGGAAGGUGACACCACUGUGAAGCCAGAAACAAAAGCCGAAGUUCCCACUCCUGAGAAGCAAAGUGGAACUGAGACGAAAGGUGGAACUAGAGAAUCAACAACAGCCUCAAAGACAGAGGGUGAUAGUGCAGUGACACCAUCCAAACAUGCAGAAGUACCUCCUGACAAUGAAUUUGAGAAGCGUAUAAGGCCAGAGGUUAUACCAGCGAAUGAGAUCGGUGUCGCAUUUGCCGAUAUAGGUGCUUUGGAUGAGAUCAAAGAAUCCCUUCAAGAGCUAGUGAUGCUCCCGCUUCGGAGACCAGACUUAUUUCAUGGCGGCCUUCUGAAACCGUGCAGAGGAAUAUUGCUUUUUGGACCCCCUGGUACAGGGAAAACAAUGUUAGCCAAGGCUAUCGCCAAAGAGGCAGGAGCCAGCUUCAUCAACGUAUCUAUGUCAACCAUAACGUCGAAAUGGUUCGGGGAGGACGAAAAAAACGUCAGAGCUCUAUUCACUCUAGCUGCCAAAGUGUCCCCGACUAUAAUUUUCGUAGAUGAAGUGGAUAGCAUGCUAGGGCAAAGGACCAGAGCGGGGGAGCAUGAGGCAAUGAGGAAGAUAAAGAAUGAGUUCAUGACUCAUUGGGAUGGCCUGUUGACAAAACAAGGUGAACGCAUUCUCGUGCUUGCCGCAACCAACAGGCCGUUUGACCUUGAUGAAGCAAUUAUCAGACGUUUUGAGCGAAGGAUCAUGGUCGGGCUUCCAAGCUUGGAGAACAGGGAAAUGAUACUUAGAACACUUCUCGCAAAAGAGAGGGUUGAAGAAGGACUAGAUUUCAAGGAGCUUGCAACCAUGACUGAAGGAUACAGUGGAAGUGAUCUUAAGAACUUGUGCACAACAGCUGCUUACCGGCCAGUGAGGGAGUUAAUUCAGCAAGAAAGAGUAAAGGAGCUGCAGGAGAAAAACGAGAGAGCUGCAGGGGUGGCGAGUGAAGAAGGUAAUCAGGAUACAAAAAGAGAAAGUGAAGAGGAAAUAACUUUGACUUUCAGGCCUCUGAACAUGGAAGACUUCACGCAAGCCAAAAAUCAGGUUGCAGCCAGUUUCGCAGCUGGGGGAUCAAUCAUGAGCGAGUUGAAACAGUGGAACGAGUUGUAUGGGGACGGCGGUUCGAGGAAGAAGCAACAGCUAACAUACUUCCUCUGAGUCCUAGUGUAUUGCAAAAUAUAGUUUACUUGUCCUAUACUGAGAUUCUGAUGAUCUGAUUGCAAUUUGUAAACCUGGGAACUCUGUGGCUUGUUGCUGCCAAACCAAGGUGAAGAGUCUAUAGGGUGACGAAAUAAGCAAGAGGACGAUGAAGAACCUCUCGAGAGAGAAAAUGCUUGAAUAUUAAUGAACUAUGUGGCGAUGUAGUACUAGUAGCAGUAUGUGUCGGAUGACAGGUAGAUAGGGCUUUGCGGGACUAGAACUGGUGCAAGUAAGAAUUCGCUUGCUUCGGCUGUGAAAAAUUAUAUGCUUGUACUGCU